AUGAAAUUCAUCUUGUAAUGCUCAAUAUGCCUGUAGAAUUUAAAAAAUCCAGUGUCUUUGAGUUGUGGGCACACUUUUUGCUAAAAUUGCAUAUAAAAUUCUUUUGAAACUUAAGAAUUUUGUGCAUGUCCCUUAUGUCGUUAACCCGCCCUGCUUAGUAACAAUAAAACUGAUGAAUUAUUACCUAUUGUCCAAUAAAUUUACGAAUAAGAAGGAACUUAAAGUAUAAUCGAUCUUUAAAUUAGGUUUAUUAAAUGAAUUUCCUUCCUUAAUAAUAUGUCUUUGUUGUGCUUUAACUCCUAUCAAUCCUGUGGUGCUUCCUUGCUAACAUAUGUUUUGUCAAAAAUGCAUCGAAGAAAGUUUAAAAGAAGAAUUAUUAUGUCCUGCUUGUUCAGAUUAUUGUUUUAAUAUCAAAGUCAAUACAAAUAAGAAAUAUAAAGAUCUCAUUGACUGGUACUUGAAGGAAUUUAAAAUCGAGGAGGAAUAAGAAAUUGCUUAAGUUUUAUAAAACGACAGCAUAUUUGGUAUUCCAGUUUUCCACUUUGAUUAAUCGGUUAUUAUAUAUGGAUAAACAGAUUUUCAAUUUCUAGAAUUUAGAUACUAAGAAAUGAUAAAAAUGGUUGGUUCAGGUUCUGGUAAUUUUGUUGUAUCAAAUGAUUUGAUAAAUGGGGAUUUAGUUUAAAUUAGAAGUAUUAAAAAAACAAACAAAGGAUUUCAAGUUUAGGUUGAUGGAGUAUCGAGAAUUAGAAUAAAAUAAGUGUAUAGUUAUAUUGAUGGAGUUAAAACUUCAUAUUAGAACUGGAAUACUCAAUAAUUAUGGCUUUGUGAAUGUGAAUAUUUGAGAGAUCAAAUUUUCAAAGAAAAUUAUUUUUAGCAAUACAAAUAUAUUGUUGCCACCUUAGAAAAAUUAUAUCAAAACAUUAAACUAGAAGUUAGAGACGUUUUUUAGGCCUUUAUGAAAAAGAUUACUACAUUAUCAAAUUCUGAAAGUAGUCUCAUCUUACUAGCCUCUCUAAAUAAUAAUUUUGAAUUAGAAUAUUACUCAACUGAUAUUGAAAAAAGAAUAUAACAAAUACAAUAACACUUUGCAUUAUUAGAAUAAAAAAUAAAAGGACUUUAUGAUAAAGAUGAUUAAAUUUAACAUGCAAAAUUGAAAUAUGAUAGCAUUGAAAUAGUUUAAUACCCUGAAUUCGAUGUUACUACUCAAUAUUUUCUUAAUCUCUUUAAUAUUAAGAAAGUUCUUUGUUUUUGA